GUCCGCCGGGGGUCCCGGCUCCGGGGCCUCCUCGCCAGCGGCGAGUGCGCGGCGCCGGCCCGGCCGAGAGGCGUCGUCGGCGCGACUGGAUCGCUCCUUGCCGCGGCGGCUGCCAAGGGACCGUCGCCGUCUCGUCGCCUCAGCGUCGCUGUCUGGGCCCAGCCCGCGCUGCCGCCCGCCUUACCUUCCGUCCCUGUUCGGGCCUGCGGGAUGUUCAUUUUAAAGAUUCUGUGAAGAUGAAAAGGGAUAUCUUAUGGCUUUAUGAAAUAUAAAGCAAUACUGUCUGACAUGACGGCAAAAAAUGUUGGUGUGACUUCCACAAAUGGAGACUUGAAAGGAUUUAUAGAUCAGAACCAGAGUCCAACAAAAGGUAAUAUUUCAGUAAUCACCUUGCCAGUUUCCAGCACCAACUCUCCCACUAAGAUUUUGCCAAAAACCUUGGGACCAAUCAAUGUGAAUGUUGGACCUCAAAUGAUCAUAAGCACCCCACAAAGACUGGCCAGUUCAGGGAGUGUUCUGAUCGGGAGCCCGUACACCCCGGCUCCAACCAUGGUCACACAGACACACAUCACAGAAGCGUCUGCCUGGGGCCCAGGGGAGCGAAAACGGACUCAAGAAAUUAUAGAGUCAGAUUUUUCAGAAAGUAAGAGAAGCAAGAAAGGAGAUAAAAAUGGGAAGGGUCUGAGGCAUUUUUCAAUGAAAGUUUGUGAAAAAGUUCAACGUAAAGGAACAACUUCAUACAAUGAAGUCGCUGACGAGCUCGUAUCAGAAUUCACAAAUUCUAACAGCCACCUAGCAACAGAUUCACAGGCUUAUGAUCAGAAGAACAUUAGACGGAGAGUUUACGAUGCGCUCAACGUCCUGAUGGCAAUGAACAUCAUUUCAAAGGAGAAGAAGGAAAUCCGAUGGAUCGGCCUUCCCACAAACUCAGCUCAGGAAUGUCAGAAUCUAGAGAUAGAAAAACAGAAGCGGAUUGAAAGGAUAAAACAGAAGCGAGCCCAACUGCAAGAAUUGCUACUGCAGCAAAUAGCCUUUAAAAACUUGGUACAAAGAAAUCAGCAAAAUGAACAGCAAAAUCAAGGCCCUCCAUCUUUGACCUCCACAAUACAGCUGCCUUUCUUAAUAGUCAACACUAGCAAAAGAACAAUUAUAGACUGCAGCAUAUCAAGUGAUAAAUUUGAAUACCUCUUUAAUUUCGAUAAUACUUUUGAGAUUCAUGAUGACAGUGAGGUGCUGAAGAGAAUGGGAAUGUCCUUUGGGCUCGAAGCAGGCAAAUGCUCAGCUGAGGACCUGAGAACUGCAAAAUCACUGGUGCCAAAAGCUUUGGAAGGCUACAUCACAGAUAUGUCUGCGGGAUUUUCAUGGAUAAACCAAGGGUUAAUUUCAAGUUCAGCACAAGCAAUUUCCCACUUCGAGGCAGCUGGAAGCACAUAUGAUGCUAAAUCAAGUGAGAAUGCAGGGUUGUGUUUGGAUGCUGAAGUGGCCUUAGCAACUGGGCAGCUGCUUGCCCCAAGCAGUCAGCAGUCCAGCAGUGCAGCGUCCCGGGGGGAGACGCCCUGCUCCUUCAACGAGGAAGAUGAAGAGGAUGAAGAUGAGGAUUCUUCCUCCCCAGAAUGAGGACAGGAGAAAAUGGAAUAUACAAAAUGCUGCUCAAAUAUUCUUAAGGGGAGUUCCUGUUUGGAUUUUACUGGUUUCUUGCCUUGGUCUGCACUGCAUUUGGUAAACCAGAAUGGAAGCUUCAAAACAAGUUUAUCCAUAGCUGAAAUUGAAGAAUUGUGUAACUGAACACAGAGUGACAUGCAGAGACAGAGCAAAGUGGGUUUUAUAAACUAUAAAUGAGGAAAAGAACAAAGUCCCUGGAGAUUUGGCAAAGUAAACCUUAAGAUCAUCUUUUCCAUUUUGGGACUCUAGUAUCUGUCUUCCCCUUGUCUUUUUCAGAUGGAAAAGAAAACAGUCAGUCAGUAAAAGCUGAUUCUUGUAUUGUCUUUUGGCUGUGCUGCCUUUAGAAAAAGGGAGAGAGAGCACACACAAAUGUGCUAAAGUCAUUAUUUAAAACUAUCUUGUAUUAAAGUGGUUAUAGGGAAAAGGGGCUGUUAAAAUGUUUGCUUUUUUUCUGUUCAACUUGCUGUAUAGAAGAUUCUUAAAGUAAUAUAAAUUGCAAGUGAUUAAAUUAAUCUUGAAAUAGUUUAUAUCCAUUUUAGAUCCUCUAAAAGUAACAGGAAGCAUUAGUAUAAAAGGUUCAUAUGUUCAUUUAUAUUGCAGGCCUAAUUUAUUAUAAGUGAUUAUUCUUAGCCAUUAUUAAAACAGUCAGGAAAAAAAACAGUAUUCUCUGCACCAGCUUUUUUCAAGGAAAAUAAGUAAAAAAAUUGUAUUUCUACAUUACAGCGUAUUCAAUGUAGCUUCUCCUUUAUUGUUCUAACUUUGUAUAAUCCCUUUGAUAUUAGAGCAUGUCUUGUUUUUUUAAAAAAUGCCUCCCACCAUGUUAAGGAUCUCAGGCAGUGUGUUUUCAAGGCAGUCUUUUUCAAAUUUGGGGUGGGCAGGUCACAUAACUUUUAAAGUCAUAGGCUGAGGUUCUUAGGGAAAAAAAUUAAAUUUCAACAAUACAUCGUUUCAUGUUUUGCAUUCUGGUCAGCUUGGAUUCUGACAGACUUUCUUAUCAGUAACUUCAGUUGCACUCACCUUGAUGCACCUUUGAAAGUUGUAUCAAAACAUGUAAAAUAGUCUGUGGCUCAAGUUACCCAACACAUACCCAUGUGAACUGUUAAACUCAGACUUGCAGCAGGAGGCUGUGUUUUCCAUAGCUAACAUCACAUCCAAUCAUAAAGACCUUUAAAAAAAACCAAAACCUUGAAUAUCAAUGUAAAAUACACUGUAAAUGUACUCUUCCCAUGGUGUUCCAGUGCCCAGGACUUUGCCUAGUCUCUAAGUUAACUGUUUUUCAUGAGGUAAAUCUUUCCAGUUUUUCCACUGUCUGCAGGGGGCUGCCCCAUGUCUCAGCUGUCUGGGGCAGCUGUCCUGGCUCUGUUCCUGCUCUGGGGGAUAGAUGAGGUACCUUGUGCUGCUGCUCACUGAGCAAUGGCAGCAGCUACCCUGGGCUGCUGGCAGCAUCACUCUCACAGCCUGGGCUGUGUCCACAUCCUCUACAGCCAAACCUGCACUCACUCGGGCCAGCAAGAUCCAAAAGCACCAAGCCUGAGCUACAGAGAGAAGAUGAGGCCCCAGCUCAAGAGCUGCCUGGCUGUGUGCAGGAGUUAGCCCAGGGCUGGCUGCUCACAGGACAGGUAAAACUGUGAGGCAUACACAAGCACCACCCACACAUUUCCAUUACAAACAGAAGCAUCCAGAUAGAAACUUCUCACAGACUGUUCAAACUCCUGCACAUGAAGAAUACCUGAGGGCAGCACCGGUACUAGCUAUGGCUCUUGACUGAGCUGUUUUACACAAAUGAAUAGCAAAUGCACAAACUAAAAUGCCUACUAUGGUACUCACCCUUGGGGCAAGACUGUUCAGCCCAUCCUGUGCUCAUGGCUCACAGGCAGCAGCAGACUGAGGGCUUUACACCCCCUCACUUCCACCGAAUCUGUAACACUACCUCCAUACCAGAAAAGCUUUACAGAUACAAAAAAAUAUUCUUGCUGAGAGAGUCAGUGCAUUGAGCCAAGUGGCUCACUUUUGAAAUGGGGGGAGAAGGGAACAGGUACUUCACACCUAUUACUAUGGAAUUGUCAGCUUCAUGAUUGACAUUUCAUUUAAACAGAUCAUCACUUUCAUUCCUAUAAGAACCCGGCAAAAAAAGGCUUCCAGCCCAGAAAUGGAAUGUAUUUUAUUAGCAGUCAGUCUGCUUUACAGGGGGAAGAUCUUCAGUGACACCUUUCCUCCAUUGAUGUCUCUGCCCUUCAAAGCUGCAGCCUGCACAGCUGCUUGCUUUCUGGCAAACAUCAAACUAUCAAAUUUAAAGAUAAAAAAUAUGGGCACCCAUAACAUUUAUUUGACAGCUGAACCAAGCCUUCAAAAGUUAUUUUUCCUAGACUAGCUGAAUACAAAGGACAAAACAAGUUAGAACAUUUAGAAGAGACUUCAAAAGUAAAUUCUUUCCUUAGGCUUCUUUGUGCCAAGUACCAGUUGAGGAUGAAGUUCAACUGAAGCACUGCAGUCUUGUGGCCACACUGAAGUCUGGGAAUUAGAAGAGUUUGGGACCAGAUCCAGCCACAGUCACCUGUGUACGAUCUCAGGCAAACUUUUCAAUCAUUCCUGGUGAUCUUAGCUGCCAUAUUUCAAAAAGACACAAAAACCACAAACCAAAACAGGUAAAUGCAAGACCUCACCAAAGGCAGCUGCUGCAAUUGUGAGUAACAAGGGGCUUGAGAAUAUUAACAAACCACAGAGCUCUCACUGAGCUCAUGGCAGUGCUUAUGCUCAGCUGCUUCAACACACAGGCCCUCGUCCUGCUGAGAGCCAGCAAACACUUUCCACAAUAAAAUGGUCAUGACCAAGCCUGGUUUUCCCAUUUUCUAUUCAGUUCCAUCAUCAUCUUCUGUCUCAUGCAAUACCCCUGACAUUCAUUGACAGAAAUCAAGCAGCAAUUGAUACUAGGUCAUACUUCAUAUGAGAAAAAGUUAGCAGUUAAAUUUUCAUUAUUAAAAUUUAUUUCAUUGUUCAAAUUUUCAUUAUCAAAUUUAUCUUAUAUUUAAGGUAAAUUUAAGUGAUGUUUCUCUGUCUUGGAACACUCUCUCUUGGUUAUGCAUUCAGGAGGCACUUGACUGCAAGCAAUAUAAUGAUGUAUGUAAAUGUCUUUAUAGCUAUUGUGCACUAAACAACUUUAUUUCUGGACUAACUUUGUGGUGCUUGAAAAAUCUAAAUUUGAUUUAGAAAACCUCGUCAGCUCCACUAUCUAGACAAAAAACUACAAGUGGGAGACAGCAUUUUUCCAUUAUGGGGAAAUAUAACAUAAUGUUUGUGGAUUUUGGUAUUUAAAAUUGUAUUAAAGUGCACCAGUCUUCUCAUUUCCACACUGGAAUUAAUGCCAACAAUCCACCUAAUCUCAGAAAGUGUGUGUCUCUAGCAAAUAAGACCAGUUCAACUGCAGGUAUGACUUAAACUAACACCAUAAACCCAGUAAAAGCCCUGCUGUAGGUGUUUCCAUUUUGGUUAAGGGGUUUUAAGCUUGCAAAUACCCCUAAAUCCUUUUGAAUAGCUAGAAAUUGCUGAGGAUACAGAAUUCCCACAGAAGGGCUUCUGCUGAUCAACUAUGUCAGCCUGAAGUAACACUAUGUAAAAAGGCCUAAUAAUAAAAUUUUAAUCCUUUUGUUUUUUUAAAGAAAAACGAGGCCUUCAAGUUCAUGUUCAUACAUGAAAUUAUGCUUGAAUUUACAAUUCCACAGUUAAGGUUUAAAAUUUCAAGUGCUCUUUUUUUUGGCCAAACCCACUAUUUUAAUUCGAGAGUAUGGCUGAAACUUAACCAUAUUGGAACUCUGGACAAUACUCCUUUUUGCAGUUAACUGGCCCUUUUCAGCUGAAAAUAAUCAGGCAGUUGAUUGUAAAGACUUUCCCUUUAGCGAGUUAAAGAUGUUUGGGGUUUGGAUUCAUUUAAAAUCAAAGCCAGCACCACAGGGUAUGGUGUAGAGAAAACAAACCAAAGCAAGCUAUCUUAUGCCUGACCCGCCUCAUUUAUAUCUUUUCAUUCCAGGAAUCUCUCAGGAACAUCAUUAUAUUAAAUAACCAGAUGUAAUGAGCUGGGGAAAGACUAUGUGUGCUUUUUUAAUUUGUGAUUUCAAAAAUUCUAGUAAUAGCCAUACUUUGAGGUGACAUCCUUCUGCUGCAGUUGGGUCACUGAGGCUGAAGGUGUCUCAGGUGCUUCUUGCAGCAUUAGUGAUGAACAGGGGAGCGAGAAGCCAAGGACCUCUUUAUGGAGGUUUGUUGUUUAAAAUGUGCCACUUCUUGAAUUCUGGCCUCUGUCUGCAAGCAAUGCACCAAUGAAUCAUUUGUGAUGUUGUGGACAUCACACACCUACCUGAGCAGAAGAAAAGCUCUAAAUACUUAAUUUUCUGCUGGCAGGUGGUCACACAACCCAAUCCUGAUACCAUAAAACUUCAUGAAAUUCAGUCCUUAGACUUAACAAAGUUCCCAAAUCAGAUUAUCUCUUUCCUGUUUAACUGUUAGAAUUUUGCCUGAUGAGUAUUUUUAAGAGGCUGUGAGUAACUCUUCUCUCCCCAGUCCAGGUAUAUUGCCAAAAACUACCCAUAACCAAUGUUACUCCCAUUUGUUCAUUGCACCUGCAAAGGAUUAUUGUCCUUGCAAGUCACUGCAGAGCUGUGUGUGCAAGAGCCCCCCAGCUCCUUCAAUCUGAGUGCCUGAGGGGGCAUCCCUGGAUCCCUCCCCAGCUGGCACUGACAGGGAGGGGAGGGAAUGCUCAUCACAGCAGUCUGCCAGGAACAACUGAAAGGGCUGUUCAUUGCAGCUGUACAGUCACUCUCCACCUUUAGUACACCUGCCCUGUCAGAGAUCAGACAAAACCAAAAUGUUCUCUUUUCUGCUUCCAUAUUUUUGAGAGUACCAAAGAAUCCAACAUUUAGGAUAUCCACCUAAACUGCAGGUCACCAAAAAUCCUUGCUCAAAAUUAGUCAGAAGUAACAUCUGAGAUCUAACUAUCCAAAUCCCAAGGGAAAGCCUCAUAAUAGGACCAACAUGGAGCAAAUAAAUACUUUUGCAUUUAUCUAAGAAGAAAAGCAGACUCACCUGGGUCAGGUCAGUAUCUGUAACAGAGCCAUGAUAAUUCCAGGCAGACACAGGAACCUCCCAGUAGCCCAAACUUGCAUCUCUAAGACUCCUAGUUUUCAGUAUUGGCUAGAAAAGUGCAGUCACUUAAAUCUGAUUUCUCUAAAUGCUAUUAUUAAGAACUCAACAUUCUCCAGGCAGGGGCACUUUAGAAAUGUGGACAGCAUGGGAUAGCAGGAUACAGCAAUGUCAAAUUUAAACCCAGUUGUAGCUGCAAAUCAAACUCAUCUAUGCAGAAACUUUCCAAGACAAAUUGAGUUGGCUUUAGCCCAUUCUCCUCUCCAUGGUGAGUGAAAUACUCAUCCCUCACACUGCCUGGUUCCUGUGCUGCCCAUGCUGCCCACUCACACAAGCCAGGCAGCCAGAGAGGGAAGAACAUCACAUAUCCACAGUCCUUCCUGCUGACAUUUUCAGGUCACAUACACAACUAUUCUGAAUGGCCACAAAAGUUAAAACAAUCAGAAAAGGUUAAGUCCACAAACCAGUCUCCAGGCUUUUUGAUGGGUUUGUUGCUAUUGUAACUUUAACAAUUAGUAGAUUUGGUCAUACUAAUGCAGGGAUUAAGUGGAUCUCCAGAACUUCCCCAGGAAAACACCAGCUGAAUCACAACCCAUCAUACAAGUUUCUGAAACAUUCCCUUGUCCUAAAGGCCAUGCUGUAUACAUGAGAAACACUUCAGAGAAGCAUAUCCAAAUGGUAUGACACUGUAUCCCACAAGCACCUACUGUAAAAAAAAUGAAUCCUACUUUGCGCAAACCUGUAAGAAGUAGGAUGUAAGCCUGUCCUCAUUCCUCAGGCCCUGACUGCAAACCAUUCCCUGGAACCAAGGCACAAGCUUUGUGUUUGCAUAUCCUACUCAGCAUCAGGAGAAACUGGCCAGCAAGCACAGGCAGAGUUUUACACCAGGACUUGUUUGCUGGCACCUGGGGGAUGAUCUGGCAGUGGAUGAGUCCUUGGCAAGGAGGACUGUUGCUGAAAUUCUGAUGUGCCAUCAGCCCAUGUUCUGAAGGUGCUACAACAUGCAGCAAGGGGUAGAAAAAGCAGGUCUGGUCCUUCUCCCUGCCCUUAGAGUAGCACUUUUUAAUAUCCACUAUAUUCUACAUGGAAGUAAUUGUAGAGACACUUCCUUUUUAUAUUUAAAAUGCAGAAACCACUUGAAAGUCUAUUAACUUUUAAAUGAAACUUUUUUUUUUUUAAGAACAAGGCCAGUCAUGGACAAAACUAUUUAAUGACCUCCAAUGCUGAACUGAAAGCAGGGUUUUGUAAACAUGGUGGGUGGGAAGAGACAAAUCUAAUUACAAGCAUGCUAAUUAUAUGGGAUUUGAAGUUUUAAUUAAUUAAUUUUAAUCUACUCAUCUUGCUCUCCCAAGAUGUGUAUUGGCACAAAGGGUCAGACAAACACUUUGGUGGAAAAAUUUUCUCCCUUUUCUUGUGCUAAACUCUUGUAUCUUCAGGAAAGCCCAAGCUUCCCAUUCAUCUUCAUUUGCUGCAUAUUUCUGGAUUCUCCAUAGAUUUCUCUCUUUCCAAAUACCUAUAAGUUAAAGUUUUAUUUUUGCAGAAAGUCUGCUAUUAAGCUAUGCUGAUUUUUUGUCCUGAACAAAUAGUGUUAAUUUCCACUACCACAUUGUACGUGGCUAGGAGUAGUGUAAAAAAAUGUGGUGGUAUUUUAUGUGCUUUAAACACUGACAAAGAUAUAAAGAAAAGUGCAUAUACAAAGUUUUACUUUCCUAAUAGGAACACUGGCAUUAGCAAAUAGUAUAUUUGAACCAAUAGGAAAUAUUACUUUGUAGUAGUAAACACUUUGUAAAUAAAUACUUGUUAUUUUUUUAAUGGAAAUUUUAUAGAAGCUUUUUCUGUAUACUCGAUCCCUUGUUUACUGAAAAUGCUGCAAGUGGGAACUGUACAUUGUCAGCGGGGGUGGGGAGCAGACAGUCUGGCUGAGGUGAAAGCUGUGUAUGCUUUGGAGAAGAACAACCAGUUUUCUGUGAACUGAAAUGUAAACCUUAACUGUAGAAGAACUGAAUAAAAGAAUUUCAAGGCAACAGGCCUGAGCUUGUUUUUGAGAAGAACACUGCAGAGAAAAGGUUGCUCAAGGUUAACUGCCAGUCUGUGCAUCUCGUUAGGAAAACAAGGAACUGCC